AUGUACCCAGGUAGCCCGGAUAUUGUUGUCUCCGUCGACCUGGGCACAACAUAUACGGGCGUGGCAUGGAUGACCCCCAAGACCCCCAUCCAAGUGAUCAGUGACUGGCCCGGUAGCGGUGACCGAGGCGAACGCAAGGUGCCAACGACGCUGGUCUACAACGCCAACGGCACUCUCUCGUCAUGGGGUUUCAUGUGUGCCGACGACGAGCUUGAAGCUGGGGUUCCUGGUGGCGCGAAACAACGCCGGGAAUUCUUCAAAAUCUUCAUGGACGCGGAUACGCUAGCAGACGCGCAGCAGCAAGGCCUCACCAGCGCACCGCAAAGUGUCUACGAAGCGCAACAGUUCGUGACCGACUUUCUCCAGCAGGUCUAUGUCCACGUCAGGGAGUCCAUCGAGACGCAGAUUGGACGACGUGGGAUAGGAAACGGCUGGACAGACCUGGCAGUCGAGUUCCUGUUUAGCGUUCCCACCACCUGGACGAGUCAAAGUAUCGUCAACUCAUUUAAGAAGGUGAUCAGAGAGGCAGGGUUUGGGGUUGAAGGCCCGAAGCACUCUGCCCAGGUCGACCUGACCGAAGCCGAGGCGGCGGCUGUGGCCACGCUCAAAACGAGUGCCGUUAGCUUCAGCAUGGGGAGUGUCUUUCUCACUGUUGAUGCCGGUGGCGGAACAACGGAUUUGGCUCUGAUGCAGGUUACCUCCUUGAAUAUGGCAGUCCCGCAGAUGGCUUCCUUGCAUGCCGUCAACGGUGUAGGGAUAGGAGCUACACUGAUCGACCGGUUGUUUAUGCGCUUGGUACAACGGAGGCUGGAAGCCUGUUCGGAUGCUGCGGCUCAUAUACCUCCUGAUUUGCCCUUGCGCCUGGCGAGAAGCCACCAGUUUCGGACAGUGAAGCACAAGUUUGGCGAAAGGGCAUACAUGCAAGAGCUGUUCAGAAUUCCAAUCGAAGGGUUGGCUUAUAACUUUAGCCACGCCGGGCUGGGGAUUGAGAACGGGAGGAUGGUUUUCACGCUUCAAGAAAUGCAAUCAUUGUUUGACCCCCAAAUUGAGGGCAUCGUGAACCGAAUCAUGGGCGAGCUAGAAUGGCUCAGAACCAUGGGACACUUGCACCAGGUUCAAUACAUGGUCCUUUCGGGCGGACUGGGCAGCUCAGCUUACGUCCGUGACCAGCUCCAGCAGCGGUUCCUCGUCCACCAACAUCCCAACGCGAGCGACCAAGUGGCAGUCAUCCCAUGCAAUGACCCUCAGUUGGUGGUGGUGAGAGGCCUUCUCCUUGACCGGCAACAGAGAUGGGAAUCGGGAGGAGCCACCUCGGUGUUGUCAACCCGCAUUGCUCGAGCAAGUUACGGCGUCAUUGUCCAGCAGAUUUAUGUGCCCGCCAUGCAUUACAACGAAGACGUCCGCCCCGACCCAUUUGAGCCGGGCAAGAGAUGGGCUUUGAACCAAAUCCAGUGGCUCAUCAAAAAGGGCGACCAAGUAAACCCCAACGCGUUCUUGGUGAAAUCCUUUCAGAUCCGGCUUGCCGAAACGGAGACGACCAGGGCAUGGAAUUCUCAAAUCGUCGUCUCCCACAAUGCUCCGUCACAGUUACCCAGUAGCAUGAAGCAAGAUGGAGCGUAUAAGCUUUGCGAGGUGAAAAGCAAUCUGAACGGAGUCCAGCAAGACCAGCUUGUCAAAGUCAACAAGAGAGGAACUUGCUGGUCACGCGGGGUCACUUUCUACAUCUGUCAAUUUGAUGUCAGAGUGAUUGUAGCGCCGGCUGAUUUGAGGUUCGAACUGUGGUUUGGUGGCCAGAAGUUCUCGGGUAACCACGAACCUAUAUCUGUCGACUGGGAUCAAGGAGGGUCCAAGGUGAAAGGGAUGUGA